CUCCGCGGCGCCAGAAAUCCAGACUUCUAUAACUUGUAAGAUGGCGGCGUCCACAUGUAUGCGUCCUUCCCGGGAUUAGCAAGGUAGCUAGAGGAUGACUUAAUAAUGAGAGUGGAGAAACUGGCCAGUUAAUGAACAUGCCCUGUUCAAGAUGUUCAACUUCUCAGCUGCUGCUCCAGCUACCAAGCCAGCCGCCCCGUCGCCUCCGCUCCAUCAGGGAACUACCCCAAAUGAUUGUUUUUCUGAGGGUGAUCGAAGGCCUCCUGGCUCUGGUUGCUGCUGAUUUCCAGAUCAUCUCCCUGAUAAUCUGCACUGUGAAGGACACACAGAUCUUUAGCUUUCAUACCAACUCUGGCCCCUUUCCCCCCCUAUUUCUUUAAGAGAUUAUUAAUGUCAUUGAUGGACAGGGUAACAUGGUAGGGGCUUUGCGAAAAGAUAAGGCCCACAUGGCAGAGUGAGGGUCCCUUCUUAUCAUUUUAGAGGAAGGGUAAGGUUCUACAGCACUUCACGAAUGGAAUGUUUGCUGUCUCAUCCUGGCUGGCAGUCAGGAGGGAGAGGGCCUGUUAGCCUGGGGCCUAUAAGGUGAGUCAAGCUAUGAGGGUGGAGAUAGCAAGAAUCUAGAAGAACGAGUUACUGGAAGAGCUUUGCGAAAUAGCAUGACCCUGACUAACACUCCCGACUUCUGAUUCUGUCAGAUAGGUUUUAGAAUACCAUAAGACCCUUCAUUCCAAAGGUGCACUAAGCUUUAAGUCCAGCUACAAAUGAGCAGAAAACACUAGUCCCUGCUAGUGCUUGCUAGGCUACCGAUUUCCUAGCCCCCCCCCCCCAAGUUUGCUUAACCACAGCCUUUACCCCACCUAGAAGUGUAGAGAAUUAAGUUACUCAUAGCUAAACUGGCCUGCAUGGCUAUGCACCCGAAAAGUUCUACCAAAUAAACAAGAUAUAAUACAUAGAGAUGAACCCAUUUUGUUGAGAAAAUAAAUACAUGUGACAUGAAGGAAAUGCCCAGAUGAAAUGUUAAGAUUGUACCCCCCCCCAAGAUUAUGAA